AACCAGUUAAACGCGUCAAGGAACACACGGAGCCCAGUUUUUGAAGAGUACCGGAAGAGGAAGCUUGACGUUUACGACUUAUCACAACUCUUGGCCUGACAAGAACAUAAAGAUGACAGACAUCUCCAUAUGCACUUUUCGAUUGUAAUUUACUUGCUCAGUGACAGCAUGAGAAUUGAAAAGACCUGAGGAUGGGCACAGACCCACACGAACUCCUCAACAAACUCUACUCAGACCCUUACUCUCUGGUGUGGUCGGUCCCACGGGAAGUACAUGUACUUCGUGGCAAGACUGGGAAACUAGGACUUCGUUUCAAGACAGUUCAGAGUGCCUCCCAAGACACCAGCAGCACUGUGGUGGUGCUUGUGAGAAACACGUGUGUUGUCCAGGCAGGGCAGUUGAAGAGUCUUGAUAGGAUUCUGAAGAUAAAUGGUAUCAACCUUACCAACAAAAAUGAGGAUGAUGUUGAUGCAAUAUUCCAGGACAAAAAGCUGUCUAGGUUUAAUCUGGAAGUCCAGAGUGAGGUGUCUUCAAAGUGCAAAGUAGUGACUAAGCAUGACUGUAACAGUGAGAGUAUGAAUAGUGGCUCAUAUCAGCCAGGUUUUGCAGGAUCCACACCAAAGAGGAUGUUAUCUGUAACAAGUUCUGGACAGUCAUCAACUUGUUCGAUGGAACGACCACCCUCAAAGAGAAUAGUGAAGAGCAACAGUACUGACACAGAAAGGAGUGGAGGACAGCAUAGUGAUGAACCCUGUUCCCCACCAGUGGUGGCCCACCCGCUUGCCCCAACUCAUGAUGUGCUGGACUCUGCCCUCAUCCCAGAUGUACUGGAGUAUCCCAGGACUAUGUCGUUGCCGGAUCACGUGUCAUUGGCUAAGAUAGGCAUAGAAAUUGAUGAUGGAGAGAAGAUCCAUUCUCUGCCUCUGGCCAAUGGCAGUAGGCCGUCAGCGAAGCAUGGCUGUGACAAUGGAGUGGGGGCAGUGAAGCUUGACAUACGUCGCUGCAAAAACAAAAGCUGCAAUGUAGCUAUGGAUUCAUGUCUGUGGCAUUCGCUGAUCUUCAAGGUACCCCAGUUUGUGAUAUGGGACCCAAUGUCAAAGACCAUCACUCUCAACAGGGGAAGUAACACAUCAUUUGGCAUAACUAAGAAGGUGAAAAUCCAGGAAGCGACAUCACAGAUAUAUACUCUUGUGGAGGCUAUCCAACCUGGGUCAGUAGCUGCAUCACAUGACCUGUUUGUUGGAGACUGGAUACAGUCCAUCAACCGGCAACCUCUGCAGAGGCGGGACGAGGCUCAUCGGGCCCAGUUUGAUGAUCUGACAGAAGUGCGCUUGGUCAUCCAGAGGCCAGAGGGCAUCCUACAGAAGGCACAGGAACAUGCUGACAAGAUCAUGAAGCAGCAUCAGCAGCAGAAGCAAAAAAUGACCCCUCUAAUGAUGCCCCAAAGACGAGGUGUAUCAGAUACCAACUUCACCCCAAGUCCUGGAUUGUCUAUGUACCCAAACAGUCGAUCUGUUCUCACUAAUGUCAGCCCAGUGUGGGUGGGACCGGCAGGGCAGCAGGAUCCUGUGGAGAGGGUUAUGUACUGGAGACAUUCAGAGAAACACACUAAUGAUAAGCAUGGGAUGUCAGCAAGUAGUCCGAUCUGUGAACCCCAACUGAGAGGAGUUCCCAGUCCACGCAGUCUAGAAGUCUGGUGCAAGAAUUGCGGGACUGAGUCUCCCUCCAACAUUAGUCAUCCAAGCCCACCACACUCACCUGAAGACAACUGUAAUCCUUUGUAUCACCAAGGAAGCAGCAGUCCAACUUCACCCACAGAUGGAAUAGUUCCUUGCUCAAGAGUAUUCAUAUGUGGGAAUGCAGCCAAUCAUCUGGCUAACAUGCUCAUGUCUGGAAGUCCCGCUAGCACUACAGUAAUGCAGGACACACAUACACAGCUGGUGAAACUUUCCUUGAAGAAGUUUGACAGUAGAAAAGUGUCAGUAGACAUAUGGCAACAGCGUAGAAGUGUACCGAGAGACCAGCAUAGGGUGUUGAAUGGGACAGGCUACUUCAGCACUUCCAGCUCCAGUGGCUGUGUGCAGUGUGGAGGAGAUGUUGCCUGUGUCAAUGUGGAACUGUUUGUAGUUCAGGAUGAUAAUUUCUUCCAUCACAGCAGUCACUAUCUCUUCACAAAAGAUUGCCUUUUUAUAAUUGCAUUUGAUGCACAGAAAAUUCUCACCAACAUGUCUACUGAUAUUGCUCGUCUGGAACAACUGCUGCAUAGUAUUCAGAGUUAUGUAGGGAACAUGACUCACAUUUCUGUGUAUGGCAUCUUCAGCCUAGAUGAUGACGAGGACAAAGGGGAUGAAGUGCGCACAAUGUUUUAUGCCAAUGAUAGACAACAUGGAAAAUACUCUGUCUCAAUCCCUCAUAUAGUGUUUGUUGAUCGAUCCAACGUUCAGGAGACAACAGGUGAACUGUGCACCAAGAUGAUGAAGCAUGCUUUAUCCUAUGGCCCGAAGUGCGCUCAAGAACUCAGCAUGUGUCUGAAGCUCUGUCCAGCAUGGAGCACGAGUCCCGCACUGUGUGGCAGGCAGAUGAACUCAGACAACAAAUCUUUGGACAUUAUCCACAUUACAAAGACUUGAUACUGCAAGCUGAUGUUGUUGCGGAGCUGGAGCAGAUGGGAUGCCUACAACUAUUAACAGGGAAGUCCAGUGGAUCCCCAAAGGCUGUCUCACUACAGGCUAUGUUUGUGCAUCCUGUCUCUGUGUAUUAUCGCUUAGUACGCAUGUGCAUUGACAGUAAGGAUGUCCUUGAUGGAGAGCUGAUGUU